GUGAAACCAGUACAGAAAUCCCAAAUUCCAAACAACUUUGAAUUUCCUCAAAAAAAAAAUCGAAAUCAAAUCAAACGCUCAUUUUCUACAACGUCGGCAAACCCUAACCUAACUUUGAAUUUUCUCUCUCCUAAUUUAUCUGAUCAGACUCAAAAUUUUCUAAUUCAAUCACAUUUCUUCCCCAAUUCCAUUCGAUUGUUCGCAGAGUUUUUACUUUUCAGCACAGUUUCCAGAAUUCUUGAAAUUUUCAUCAGAAUUCGACGGCAAAUGCUAAGCAGAUCCAGAAAAAUCUCAUCGUAUACAAGCUCAAUCUUUACCAAACCACUGAAAAUCCAUGGAAUUUCAUCUAGGUUUUCAAUUAGUUUUUGACAUAUGAUUAAACUAAAUACUACGAAAUCGCCAUUGUUAUGGGAGCUGCAGAGAGGAAGAAGUGGCUAUUUGCACUAUUCUCCGCUUUGUUAGUCUCUCUCCUCCUCUUCCUCACAGCUAUCUCAGGACUCAACGCCUCAUAUGCUUUCACUUCCUGGAGCAACAGGCCCACAGCACUCCCGAACCGCGGACCGCAGUUUCCACCGUCCUUCGCUUACUACCUUUACGGCGGACCGGGAGAUAAGGAGCAAAUUUUCCGGCUAUUGCUGGCCGUCUACCACCCACGGAAUUGGUAUUUGUUGCACCUCUCAGCCGAGGCAUCGACAGAGGAGAGAGAAUGGCUGGUUGCUGCGCUGAGGUCGGUGCCGGCGAUUCAGGCUUUCGAGAAUGUGGAAGUGAUUGGGAAACCUAUAUGGUUGACUUACAUGGGAGCUACUAAUAUAGCAGCUACGCUUCGAGCAGCUGCUGUGUUGUUGAAGCUGGAUGAUGGGUGGGAUUGGUUUAUUACUUUGAGUGCUUCUGAUUAUCCUUUGCUUACCCAGGAUGACUUGGCUCAUGUAUUCUCAUCAACUAGAAGAGACCUCAAUUUCAUUGAUCACACCAGUGAGCUCGGUUGGAAAGAGCAGCAAAGAGUUCAGCCUAUCAUCGUGGACCCUUCAAUAUACUUAGCCAGAAGAAGUCAGAUAUUUACUGCAACGCAGAAGCGACCUACACCUGCUGCUUUCAAAGUUUUUACAGGUUCUCCCUGGAUUAUGUUGAGCCAGCCCUUUUUGAAAUUUUGUCUCUUUGGUUGGGAUAAUCUGCCGCGCACCAUCUUAAUGUAUUUUAAUAAUGCAAUGUUACCUCAGGAAGGCUAUUUUCAUUCAGUCAUUUGCAAUUCACCGGAGUUCAGAAACACAACUAUUAACAAUGAUUUAAGAUACAUGAUAUGGGAUAGUCCUCCAAAAAUGCAGCCUCACUUUCUGACUGUAUCAGAUUUUGAUCAGAUGAUACAAAGUGGAGCUGCUUUUGCACGACGAUUCAAAAAGGAUGACCCAGUAUUGACGAUGAUUGACGAGAAAAUACUUCACCGGAAACAUAACAGAGUUGCUCCAGGGUCAUGGUGUUCUGGCCGUGAUAGUUGGUUUACUGAUGCUUGUGCCCAGUGGGGUGAUAUCAACUCUUUGAAACCCGGUCUACAAGCAAAAAGGUUUGCAGAUUCUAUGACAAACUAUAUUGAUGACCUUAAUUCACAGUCUACCCAAUGCAAAUGACAGUUGUCUUCUAGGACGUGGAGGCAUUGUAAUGUUAACGUAUAGCAAAUCAUGAGAGCUUACUGAGGUGGUUUUUCCAUCCAAUCGCGGAUGGGUGUUUGUACUAAUUUCAUAUACAAAUUGUUCAUAUAGUGGGUGGAAGGUUGAGGGGAGAAUGGCAUACCUUUAUAGAGACUUUGAGCCUGCAUUGUGGCUUAGAGAGAGGCCAACAUUGGUUGUAGAGUAAAUCUGGUCUUUCAAAUAAUUAGGAAGUCACUUUAUUAUGCGGCACUAUACAUACUGAUGAUCCUUUUGUAUCUUUUUGUAUGGCGUGGUUGGAAUAUGCUUAUGGUUGAUGAUUCUUGAUA